AUGAACUCCGAUGCACCUGAAGAAGGCAAUGCCUUCUGGGCCCAAAAGUCGGCCCUUGAACAGCGCUACCAAGCGAUCCUCGACAAAGCCACACCUCACACCAGAGAGCGCUGGGCAUUCACGGCAGUGGUCCUUGUGAUCUACUUUAUCAGGGUGUUCAUUGCUCAAGGAUGGUAUAUCGUCACCUACGCCCUGGGCAUCUAUCUUCUCAAUCUCUUCCUGGCCUUCUUGCAGCCCAAGAUUGAUCCCUCGCUCGAGAUGGACAUGGAAGCCGAUUCCGUCGAAGAAGGAGGACCCGUGCUGCCCACAAGAUCCGACGACGAGUUCCGUCCCUUUGUUCGGAGGCUACCCGAGUUCAAGUUCUGGCAUUCUGCGACACGCUCGAUAGUGAUCGCUUUCUUUUGCACCCUGUUCCGCAUCUUUGACAUCCCUGUGUUCUGGCCCAUCCUUCUGGUGUAUUUCUGCGUCCUCUUCACUUUGACUAUGAAGCGCCAGAUCAAGCACAUGAUUAAGUACCGCUAUAUCCCCUUCAACAUUGGCAAGAAGUCAUAUGGCGGAGGCAACAAGAGCUUCUCCUAG